AUGGUGAAUAAUACUUCUCAUAUCUUCUUUCCCCAGCAAGCCAACUGGAGGGAAAUUGUGAACAAGAAGCUGAAGUUUCCUGUGUCUCUUAUCAAUGCCAUCCAUGAUGGGAACCUCAUCCAGGUCCAGCAGCUUCUGCAGGUCAGCGAUGGGAUCCUGCGACAGCUGGACGAUAGCGAGGACCGAUCAUGGCGGGAGGCUCUCAACCUUGCCAUCCGCACCGGCAAUGAGGAGAUCAUGAAGACCCUUUUGCACUGUGUCAAGUUCGAUUUCAGGCAGAUCCAUGAAGCCCUCUUGGUGGCUGUUGACACCAACCAGCCGCAUGUGGUUAAAAUGUUGCUGGAUCGACUGGACCAGGAGAAAGGGAUCAAGAUGGACAUCAAGUCCUUCUCGUUGGCUUUCUUUGACAACUCCAUUGACAACUCCCGCUUUGCGCCUGGGGUGACCCCACUCACUUUGGCCUGCGAGAAGGACCUCUAUGAGAUCGUGGAGAUGCUGAUGAAGAAGGGCCACGUGAUCACAACGCCGCACAAGAUCUCCUGUGCAUGCCUGGAGUGCAGCAAUGGGCGCAAGUAUGACCUCCUAAAGUUCUCCUUGUCCCGUAUUAACACCUACAAAGGAAUUGCCAGCAGGGCGUAUCUUUCCAUCGCCAGCGAAGACGCCAUGCUGAGAGCUUUCAAGCUGAGUCGGGAGCUGAAACGCCUUUCCAGAAAGGAGCCAGAGUUUAAGCCGGACUACCUGAGCCUGGAGGACCUGUCUCAGGAGUUUGCGGUGGAAUUGCUCGGGAUGUGCAGGAACCAGAGUGAAGUCACCGCGGUGCUGAAUGACUGUGGGGACGACAGCGAUGAGGAAGAGUUGGACAAUCAGGCCUUUGAGGAAGGGAUCCCGAACCUGGCCAGACUCCGCCUCGCUGUCCACCAUAACCAGAAGCGGUUUGUGGCCCAUCCCAUCUGCCAGCAAGUCCUGUCCUCUAUCUGGAGCGGGAAGCUGUCAGGGUGGAGGGGCAGUAAUACCAUCUGGAAGCUGUUCAUUUCCUGUGCCAUCUUCUUCACCAUGCCGCUCCUGUGCCUCAUCUACUGGCUGGCUCCCAAGUCCAGGGUUGGGAAAAUCCUGAAGAUCCCUGUGAUAAAGUUCCUCUUGCACUCCGCGUCCUACCUGUGGUUCCUGAUCUUCCUCUUGGUGGAAUCCUUGAUCAUGGAGAGUAGACACGACAUAUAUGAGGGCCGAGACCAGACCAUCUGGCAGAACUCCCUACAUAUGAUCUGGGUGGCAGGUUUUUUGUGGCAUGAGUGCAAGGAGGUCUGGAUCGAAGGGCUGCGGAGCUAUUUCCUGGACUGGUGGAACUUUCUGGACAUUGUGACGAUCAGCAUGUACCUGGCCUCCUUCUCUCUGAGAAUCCUAGUGGCGGUGAAGGGUUACCUGUCCUGCAAUGAAGAGCCUCAGUCAGAUGUAUGCUUCUACUACACCAAGGCAGGACGUCCUGAGUGGAACACGGAGGACCCACAGUUCAUCGCUGAGGUCCUGUUUGCUGUGACCAGUAUGCUCAGCUUCACACGCCUGGCCUAUAUCCUCCCAGCACACGAGACCCUCGGGACCCUGCAGAUAUCCAUCGGGAAGAUGAUUGAUGACAUGAUACGGUUCAUGUUUAUUCUCAUGAUAAUCCUUACCGCCUUCCUGUGCGGCCUCAACAACGUCUACGUCAACUACAGCGACUCCGACAAGCUGGGAAACUUUAACGAGACCUUCCAGUUUCUGUUCUGGACCAUAUUCCAGAUGGUGGAGAGGACAACGGUGGACAUGAACCACUACAUGGUGGCAGAGUUUGCUGGUCGAGCUCUUUACGGUCUUUUUACCAUCGUUAUGGUCAUUGUCCUCCUCAAUAUGCUCAUUGCUAUGAUCACAAAUUCCUUCCAGAAGAUUGAGGACGAUGCCGAUGUUGAAUGGAAAUUCGCUCGCUCCAAACUGUACCUGUCCUAUUUUAGAGAAGGUCUGACGCUACCAGUUCCGUUUAACAUCAUCCCCACCCCCAAAUCUCUCUUCUACAUCAUCAGAGGCGUCCUGAGGUUACUGUGCUGCUACACGCCUAAGAAGAAGCCAGAAUACCCCCCCAUCACCACCAUGGGGAAUGGUGGAGGGGAGUCUUACGGGGAGAGCCGCUCCUCGUACCGCCUGCAGGUGAUCAAGGCCCUCGUGCAGCGAUACAUAGAUACGGCCAGAAGGGAAUUCGAAGAGAGCAGGCGCAAAGACCUGGGCAACCGGAUCACGGAGCUGAACAAAAACGUCACCCGUCUCCAGUCAGAGGUGAAGAAUCUGCGGCGUUCCCUGGUGGAGGGCGGAGCCCAGGUCACUGCUAAAGACGGUGAGAACGUGCUGAGUCGCUACAUUAUGAAAGUAAAGAGCAGUUUCCAGAAUUAUGACCAGGAAUCCGUCAGCUCGGGGAAAGAUUCCUCGGAAGUCACCGUUCACCGUGACAGCUUUGGAAGUAUAUUGCCCGAGGAAGACUGUCCUCCGUACCCAGACUUGUCUCUUGUAGAUGAUGUAGAGCAUGGGGAGCCAGGGGAUGACAUGUAGAGGACGUGAGCUACAGUACCUGCACCACGGAUCAUUCAGACUUCUAUAGAAGCAAAACGUUAUGUGGCCGAUAUAUAUACAUCUUCAUUACCAGGUAGUCAGCAGGAACAGGUCCGAACCUGCCCUUAGCAAAGACCCAUAUAUACAAUACAAAGUGGGCGCUAAAUUUGGUAUAUUGACAAUUGAGAUAUUGAUUGGCUGCUCACACAAGGAGGAUCUAGGUAUCCUCCUAGAUAAAGAGACACUGCACCUAAGAAA